AUGAAAUCUCUUAUUUGUCUUUUGACUCUAUCGUCUUUGUAUUUGACGGCAACGUCUUCACGUCUCUCUCAUCAUCGCUUAGAACAUAAAACGCCGAAAGAUUUCAACGAAGAUAUCGUAAAGACGGUAGUGGUUGGUCAGAAUGGUUCAUCUGAUUUCAAAACCAUCCAAGCAGCCAUCGACUCCAUUCCUUCUGGUAACGAUAAAUGGAUUAAGAUUAGUCUUCAAAACGGAAUCUACAAUGAAAAGAUAAUAAUUCCUAGCGAGAAACAAAAGAUUGUAAUGCAGGGAAACGAUGCAUCAAAAGUGAUAGUUCAAUAUAACGAUGCAGGCCAAUCCAAUGGUAGUGGUCCGGUCAUUGUUUACGCUCAAUACUUCGUCGCUAUCAAUAUUACAUUCAAGAAUUCUUAUGACCCGAUAACAUCAGUAGGCGUACCAUAUAAAGAGAUAAAGGUAGCACCAUCAAUUAUACUAAUGGCGGACAAGGCAUGGUUCUAUGGCUGCAGCUUCAUCAGUGUCCAAGACACACUCGCUGACUUAGUCGGCCGCCACUUAUUCCAAAACUGUUACAUCGAAGGAGCCAUCGAUUUCAUAUGGGGAGGAGGCCAGUCUAUAUACAAAAAAUGUUUGAUAUACGUUAAGGGAAUGAAAACAAAUAAAAUGAAGGAUUACGAAGGAGGAAUAUUACCAGGAUUCAUUACAGCUCAAGGGAGGGCAAGUGAGCAAGACACAAGUGGAUUUGUGUUCAAAUAUUGCGUGAUUACAGGAGAUGGUAUGGCAUCUUUGGGAAGAGCUUACAGAGGCUACUCUAGAGUUUUGUUUUAUAAAACAAGCAUGUCCAAUAUUAUUGUUCCUCAAGGAUGGGAUGCUUGGUUCUAUAAAGGCCAAGAGGAUAAAAUUACAUUUGCGGAGGUAGGUUGCAUAGGAGAAGGAGCAAAUAAGCAAGGAAGAGUUGGAUGGGAGAAGAGCCUUUCUGCUAAGGAUGUUGCUUUUCUUACAAGCACUAGAAAAUUCAUUGAUGGAGAUGGUUGGAUGGCCACUCUUCCUUCUUCUCUCGUCUCUUUAGAUUCACCCUUUCCGAUUUAUUAUUAA